AUGGCAAAUCAGCGAACCUCUGUCGCCAAAACCGCCGCUUGGUUGUACCAUGAGUCUGGCAUCUCAGCCGUGUACCACGCCGGCAGAGAUGCCUGGCUGCUCAUCCUCUCGCGCACGUGCCGCAUGUUCGCCUUCAAGGCCGUGACGCUCACGAUAGCCCAAUUCUUCUCAGAGCUGGGUUUCUCCGAUUUCCGCAUUGGCUUGUUCAUGAGCUUGACGCUGCUCGGCGAUGUUGUUCUCGGGUUGGUCGUCACGCUCAUGGCUGAUGGACUGGGGCGACGACGAGUUCUUGUGGCGGGUGGACUUUUGAUGGCCGUCUCUGGUGCAAUAUUUUGCACGUUUGAAAAUUUCUGGGUUCUGCUCUUUGCGGCUGUUGUUGGCGUUGUCAGCGCGAGCGGCAGUGAUUUUGGUCCUUUUCGAGCUAUCGAGGAGUCCAUGUUGUCGCAUAUCACAUCUGCUAAAACGCGAGCUGAUGUCUUGGCUUGGUACAUCACCAGCUCCAGCCUUGGUGCCGCUGGAGGAGCGGCUUUGGCAGGUAGAUUUGUCGAGACAAUGACUGGUAAAAAGGGGUGGAGUCUUGUAGCAACAUAUCAUGCUACCUUUUGGAUAUACAUCUUGAUGGGUGGACUGAAUGUCGUGUUUGCAUUGGUCAUGAGCAACAAGACUGAGGCGCAUCAAGAUGGUUCUUCGGAAACUUCCGAUGAAUCAGCCGAAGGCCUUCUCCACGACUCGAUAGAUGAAGAUGAAGGUGAAGAUGCAAGGAGACGGAGACUAUCCGCUGCGUCAAAUCAUCCAGCACCAACGAGUCGCUUUUCAAGUGUUUCAUCGAGUUCCAGAUCUGUCAUGUACCGGUUAUGGUUCCUUCUCACCAUCGAUUCCCUGGCCGAUGGCAUGGUUUCCGAAUCGCUGACAACCUACUUCCUCGACUCAAAGUUCUCAUUAUCAAAGGCGACUCUUGGAGAUAUCUUCUCAGGAGCACAGGUCUUGGCAACUGUCUCGACUGUCUUUGCAGGGCCUCUAUCUCGCCAUCUUGGUCUCAUUAACACUAUGGUUUUCACACACCUUCCCUCGUCCAUAUCAGUCUUGUUCUUCCCCUUUCCCAGUGGAAUUGUCAUCACGGUUAUACUUCUCUAUAUCCGUAUGGGCCUCAACAACAUGGACCAGGCACCCAGAUCAGCCUUCAUUGCAGCCGUGGUGAAACCCGAAGAGCGCACUGCAGUUAUGGGAAUCACUGCUACGCUUCGAACAUUGGCUAUGGCCACUGGUCCUUCAUUGACAGGUGGUCUUGCUGAGAGUGGGAAGUUCUGGAUUGCCUUUGUCGUUGGUGGUGUUUUGCGAAUCAUGUAUGACUUGGGUCUCUGGUUGAUGUUUGUGAACAUGAAAAUCAACACCCACGAGACGCCGAAAGGUGGGACGGUUUCUAGGGAACAUUCUAUCGAUGAGCAGGAUGUGGAGUUGUUGCGUGAGUCUGCUGAGCGAAGGAGAUCAGAAGACCAUUAG